AUCUAACUGACAAAGGCAAGCAAAAAAAAGAGGGGAGGAAAAAAUGCCGAAUCAUACUUCCUUGAAGAUGUAUCAAUUGAAGGAAGUAUUUCUUAAAAUAUUUUCUCUUUCUAGUUAAGCUUAUAGUUUAAGAAUAGUUAAGGCGUAUUUAUGCAAUCAGUGAUAAGUAAGAACAGAGAAUAUAGUUAUAUUUAAUCUGAGAAAAAGGUAAGCAAACGGGAGUAAAUAUAAAAGCGAAUGAGGAUCAAUGAGAAUAAUAAAGAGAUAAGAAUUUUUCAAUGCGUUCCUCCAAGAAAUUAUAUUGAAACUCUACGAUACCGGUAUAAUUGACAGGGGAUUUAAUUGCUUAAACGUAUAGUUAGAAUUGGAAAGAAUAGAUUUUGAAAAGGCAUUCACUUUCUGAAACGUACAUGGCCAGAAAUUAUUGUUUCUCCAAUAGUGGUAAUAAGUAAGAAGGAAGUGCGAAUCGAAAGAACGCACUGACCACGCGGAAAAAUCUCGAUACUCGCGUACCUUUUUACGUAACGCUGCAACCGAAAACCAAAAGCCGACAACAAGGCUACUGCUAGUCCCCUAGUAUAUAACGGUGAAAGUUUCCUCUCCGCCUUUUUUUCUUUUUCUUUUUCUUUUUAUUUUUCUUUUUUCGUCGAACAAGAAGGAGGAAUGAAAUUGGAGAUGCGCGGAAAAGAAAAAGAUCCUCCGGCGGGAUUUUCUAUCGGGAUUGAGCGCGCAACCGAGAUCGCGUUCGAUCGUCCUUUUCUUCUUCCUCUUCUUCUCGUGACAACGAGUCAAACUCGGGCAACAUGCGACUCUUCCUCCUUUUGCCCGACCUAGUUAUGCGAUAUCAAUAAGAUGCUGUAAUGAUACCUAAUGAUCCAAUUUUCUUCCGAACGGAAUCAUUAUUAUCGGAAAUUAUUUGAAGGAAAAGGAUACAUAGAAAUUAAUCUGACGAAUUCGCGGUGAUACUUGUGAUUUAAUAAACCCUAUUGCCUUAUUAUACAAGGAGAGAUCAUCCGACUAUAUUUCUAUUCUGGUCGAUCUCCAUUCUGCCUCCAUUAUUCCCUUAAAAUUCCCAUAGAUUCCCGCUUUUGACGACAAAUUGUUAUAACGUAUGAUCUCUCAAGAUAGAAUUUUCGAGUGAGGAACGAGGAGGAAAAAAUUGCUUUAGAAAGGUAUCGCCAUGGAGACCACGCAUCUCGCCAUGUAACACCAUACUACUCUCAGUCCUCCUUUGAACCAUUUCCCCUGUAUGGCAUGUGUGUACACCUCGGCAGAAUGCAAUGCUCUGAUGGCUGAAGACUCCACUCCGGUGGUAUAAAAGGGGUGUGCCUCGUGGUGACCAAAUCAGUUUCAGUUCAGCGCCGAUCCGUUCAUUCUCGACAUGAAUGUCAUACUAUUUUUUACCUUCCUCACUCUGAUCUCACCAAUUUUCACCGAGGAAGUACUCCAUGCUAAGAAACACGAGAAAAGGGGUAUCCUAGGUCUGGGCUAUGGUGGUUAUUACGGAGGAGGAAUUGGUGGACUCGGAGGAUUUGGUCAUACCGGAUAUGUGGGAAAUUCAGCAGCGAGUUACUCUUUAGGCCACAGUUACGGUAAUGCUCCUCUCGUCUCUCAUGGAUACAACAACGUACCGAUUCCGUUGUCUCAUGGAUAUAACGCCCCGGCUUAUCCAACGUCGUAUCUUGAUCAUUCCGGUAUCGCCCUUGGGCACGGCUUCGGUGGUCAUGGUUUCGGUUACCACGGACUAUAAGAAAGCUCGGCAUUAUUACUCUUAAUCAACGUUGUUUCACCUACGUUUAUACGACUUAGGUCUCUAACUUAUCUUCCCUAGACAAUAUUUAAUAAUUAUUAAUAAUUAUAUAAUACUUUUUCUACCAAUGUUUGCGUAUCUCAAAUAAAUGCGUUAUUUCUGUC